GCAGCGACCGCCCGCGCCCUCGCCGCCGAAUCCGCCUCCAGCCUCCUUCCGCCCACCUUCGCCGCCGUCCUAUCCUCCUCAUCCUUACCUCCCACCUGCCCUCUACAGCUCUACUGAUACUAGAUCGAAGUGGAACGGAGUUCGAGCCGGAGUUGGGAAUUGGGAUUCAUUUGUUUUAUCGAGUGUUAAACAUUUUGGAAGAUGAGAAGAUUCUUCCCAUUCCGCUCAUUCACAAGCAAUGCCGGGAACAGCAAAGCAGCACCGGCAAAUGAUGCCAGAAAUGAGAACAGAGUGGAUGAAGGUGGCAGCAGCGGUGCUUCCCGAUCUCCUGGUGCACGGUCAUUCAGAUCAAGAAGCCGGCACGGUGAAUCAAGUUGUGAGGAACCAUCCCAGCAGCAGCUCAGGAGGUCCUUUUCAUUCACAUCGUCCGCCAUUGAUCGUUCCUUGGAUGAACGGAUGAUGAGUUUCUCACACGAUAUUCCGUGUUCUAUGUCCAAUGAUUCUGAUGCGCCUGGUCAUGUCGGCCAAGUCGAGUGCUACACAUGGUCACCAGAAAGACACCCCAAUGGAAGAGAAUACACAUUAAAGGUCCCAAAAUCACAUGGAUUCCAGGAAACGGAUUCACCUCGUUCAAGAUGCUACUCAUGCUCAACAGGACACUCUCCUGUUAGUUCUCAUGUAGCUUUAAAAUGUAGGCCCUCUAGGUUGACCAAUUUAUUGAGCAAGAAUGAGGUCCUAGAUCUGUACAUUGAUGGUGAGCAAGAAGUUGCCAGAUUAAAUGAGAAACAUAAGCAGAAACUCCCCAUCAGAUCUACAGCUCCUUAUUUGGGACGGGGACGGCCACCGCGGCCACAUUCUACAGCGCCAUCUUCACCAAAAUCCUGCAAAGAGAUCACUGAGAACUCCUCUAACAUUGACUUUGAUGAUGUCUGGCACUCCCAACUUGCUCAAGAGGGGACAAAGGUCACCUGCAAAGUUGUAUCUAUAUGUCAUGAAGGUGGCAAUGAUGCAAGACUAAUUGAAGGGUCUUCUGAGAAUCUUUCACAUUUUGAAGAGUGCAAAUCACAAAGCAUGACUACAGUGGAAGAUAUCUAUGAGGACUUGCAAGAUGUACGACCUCCACGCUUCUACAGAACUUCAAUGGAUCCUAUUUCUGGUGCUACCUCAAGAUACUCUGCCGCUGACGUUUGUCAUCAUGGUGUUGGUGAUAACAACUUGGAACAAGACACUGAUGAAAAAUUGCUUCAAAGAGCUAAAGAAGUGGAUGCAUGCCUUAUGGUUCCUCCAGCAGAAAACAGUGAGCUUAAUGCACUCAGGAAUAAGAGGUCGAGCUCAACUGAAAUGCUGCAACUGAUUCAGGUUCUAAUUGAAGAUAGAAAGCAAUUGGCAUCUGAAUUGUCUUCACAGAUUAAGGCACGUCUUACAGAAAGGUUUGCAGCCAAACAACAAUAUAAGCUAUCCAAGGUAGAAUUAGACACCAGAACUAGAAAACUGGAGAAGGAGAAGACUGAAGUACAAAGUACCUUGGAAAGGGAGCUGGAUAGAAGGUCAAAUGGUUGGUCGGUCAAGCUGGAGAGAUUUCAAUCUGAAGAACAAAGACUAAGGGAAAGAGUAAGAGAGCUUGCAGAGCAGAAUGUGUCAUUUCAGAGAGAAAUUACUUUGUUUGAAUCAUGCAAAGUUGAUGCUUCUAAUAGGAUUGCAAGUCUAGAACUACAAAACAAGAAGCUGAACGAUGAGUUACAAAAUGUAAAAAACGAUCACCAUAUUCUUCACAACUCCUCAGUAGAGUUGCAUGAUAAUUUGACUAAAGCUGGAAAGGAAAGGGACCAAAUCCGAGAAUGCUUAAAAGGCAAGGAGGAAGACAAUAAGGCGUUACACAAGGUGAUCGCAAGAUUACAAAGGGUAUCUAAUGAACAUGAAAAAACAAUAAGUGGCCUGAGACAAGGGUUCAGUGAUGAAUUAGAGAUGAGAGUUGCUGGAAGUAGUGAUAACAUAAACACGAUGCAAAUGGAACUUAUCAGGCUUACCGGAGUUGAGCAAAAGCUGAGAAGAGAAAUUCAAUCCUGUACCCUUGAGGUGGAGUCUAUUAGGCAAGAGAACAUAGCAAUUUUCAAUCGCCUACAAUGGAGUGAGGACAGAUCGAGUUAUUCCUCAAUUCGUCUUGACCUGGAGCUUCAAGCUAGAGUGGACAAUUUGCAGACACAAGGUUUAUCAUUACUUGAUGAUACUAGUCAGCUUUGUGCCAAAUUGUUGGAAUUGAUCAAAUCGAAGAGGAGUGAGAAUAGCGGCAGUGUUGAUGCAUUAGCAGCAAUUGAAUACACUAUUAAGUACCAGAGCAUGAAAGAAGGAAUUGAGAAUGUAAAACAAAGUCUUCGUACAAUCAAAUCUGUGUUGACUGAGAAGCAAAAUGAAGAAGAAGAAAUUGGAAAGGGUGCUGGAGGUAGUCUUUUGAGACAAGAAAAGUUAUAUAGGGAUGACUUCGAAAUUAAGCUGAGGGAAGAAGCUAUAAUCAGUAGAUUACUCAAGGAGGAGGUAUUGUCUAAGGAAUUAGACAUUGAAAAAUUGCAGUCAGAUCUAGCAGCUUCACUUAGGAUCCAAGAUGUUAUGCAAAAUGAGAUCCAGAGAGUUCAAGAUGAACUACGUUGCCUCACACACAAGUCCAAGCAUUUGGAAGUUCAGGUUUCGAAGAAAGACGAGAUAAUUAACCAGAUCCAACAGGAUUAUCAAGAAUCAGCUAAGGAGUUGUCUGCUCUUCGGUGCACACUUAAAACAGUAAGGGAUGAAAAGGAUGUCCUGUGGCAGGAAUCGAAGCAACUGAGAAGAACUGUCAGAGCCUUGCAAAAUGAUGUUGUUUCGUUAAAGCAGAAGAUCAAAUCGCUUGAUGAAGAUAUACAGCUUAAGGAGAGCGAGAUACUGCUACGGGAGGGUGAAAUUUCAAUAUUGCGGGAUAGUAUUGACAAGCCAUUCAACAUCGUCAGCAGCCCUCGGUCAUUGAAGCAAUUUGACAUGUAAAUUUGCAUAGAAGAAAUUCAAGAACUUAGCUUCUGAAAGUCUUUUUUUUUUUUCCUUUAGUACAAAGAUAAUAGUUUCCAUCAGUCUUCAUACAGAGUUCACGUGCUUGUGAAUAAUAGGCGGGCCGUUGACUUGCUUCUAGCUUUCCUGAUCAUCCAAUGUGAUAUAUUCCGUACAACUUCUACACACAUUUGGAUUCGGGGAGUAUUGCCAUAUUGCUGAUCUUACUAUCCUUCUAUUCUUGUAAAAGAGGGCUCAAAUGGUUUUCCUGUGCAGCUAAGGAGCAUUAGCAGCUUCACUAAGACAAAUUCAGUAUAUGUUAUUGCUUUGCUUGGCUUUAUUUAA